UCAUUGAAGGAAGAGUUCCAGAAGGAGAAAUACAAAAGCAGACGUCGUCGAAACUCUCAAGAGUGCCUGAUGGCCCACCAGCAGUUAGCAAACCGACUGAAUAACAGUGGUUACAAAAACUGGCUGAAAGCGGGCCAGUGUCUUCUUGUCCUGGCGGGAGGUAUAGCACCUUACAUAGAGCAUGAGAUCAGGUCUUUCCACGAAUAUGUACUCAAUCAAAACCCUCAGCUACAGCGCCGUUGUCACAGUGGUUGCAGCUCCAAAGGCAAGUUAUCGUCUCUGUGUCCCCUCUGCUCGGAGUGGUCGAAGGUGAUCCUACGUUACCACAGACAGCCUAACGUCAGCACAGUGAACUGGGAUAACUGCAGUCCAGCGCUGUGGAGUCAGGACCACUGGGAGCUGGCCAAGGCCUACAUGCCAAAGGGGGCCUACAAGAAGAGUGCGUUGCACCAGUGUGACGCCUCGGCUCUGCUCAACCUCCUCAACUUCUGUAACUGGUUCCGCGUGGAGCCCCAGUUGGUGCGAGAGACACUGUUAAUACAUUAUGAGCCGGUCCUGGUAGCUGCUGUGUGCUGGCUUCCUGCUACAGUGUCUUACUACCAAAGAUCCCCAAAUGAAAAACCGGUCACUAUGAUGAGUGUCCCUAGAGUCGUUCAGAGGAUUCCCCCAAACAGAAUCCCCAAACGUGCGUAUACUGACACCUCGGAGAUGGUGAUCUGCUGCCGGAACGAGUUGAUGCACUCCAGCGAGAUGUGCAUGGACGACGGCUGGAUGGAACGCUACCACGGCGCUCUGUUGAGGCUGCUGCGCCACCUCCACCACCAGGUGGUGCCACUGGACGAGGCUGUGCAGCAGAUAGAGGAGAUCUUUACAGUAGACUGGUCAACAUGCAUCACUGGUUCAGACCACAUGGAUGGUGCAGACGACGAUAAUGGUUUGCAGGUGGACUCUGUAAGCCAAUCGGACACCAUGGCUCUGUCCGUAAGCCAAUUGGAAGCUGAGCUGUUGGGAGAGAGGCUGCGGGAGCUUCUGCAAGACACAGAAACCCAGGAUGCUGAGUGUUUGCUGAGACUGAGGGAAUUCCUCCAGGCCAACACAGAUCUGAGAGAGCGUUUCUCUGAGGAGCUUGUAAAUAAAAUGGAACCUAACUUAUCUCUACUCUCUGCUGAUCAAAUGGAUAGCUCGGAUAUCAGGGGAUACAUUCAAAGGUUUGAAGACCAAGGAUACAAAACAUGGAUCAGAACUACAAUGAUCUUGGAGUGCCUCAAAACGCGAAUGGGCAGGUUCUUAGAAAACGAAACUGAGGUUUUUCACAACGCCUUGAAUGGGAAAAUCAAGCUGAAGGAAAAAACGUGCAUUGGUCCAACUAAAUGCGAUUAUAAGAAAGUGCCAACCGUGAAAUCGGCUCCUAAUAAAUUGUGUCGGUUGUGUGAUGCUUGGAAAGGGGAGAUUUUGUCAGAGCACAAAAACCCUAACCCCAGCAUGGUGUAUUGGAAUAACACCACACCUUACCUGUGGCCUUCACAUAAGUGGGAGGUGGCUAAGGUCUACAUGCCACGUGGCAAUAUGAAGCACAAGUCUGUGGAUGACUUUGACAUCUCGGCGUACCUCACUCUAAUGACAUUCUGUCGACACUUCCAGAAGUUUGUGAAAGGCCACUUGCUCUCUCAGGUGACUAAUGUGAGGAACCAGAUCAUGCAUUCUGCCAACUUUGCGGUGACUGCUGAAGAUUUCCAGGAUUACAUGGGUCGGAUCAGGGCUCUUGGGGAAGCGUUGGGAGAAAAGGUCCCAGAAUUCCAGAGCUUUUCCAAGGACAUGGCUGAGAUUCAGAACAUUAAUUUCCAGCUGCAUUUUGGACGCAAUCUUGUGGUCCGAGAGCAAGGACCUUCUACAGACAAAUAUGAUGUUACAAGUAUUCUGAACAUGGAGUUGAAGAUUAUGAAGGACAAGAUGGAGUGUCUAUCUCAAUUGUACGAUGCAGACAGAGAGAACAUGCUCACGUCAGAGGAGCUGCAGAAGGUGAAGAGCUUCUUGGAUAUGAACCAUGACCUCCAGGAGAAGCUGCAGCCCCAGUGGCAGAGGCUGGAGGCCGUGCAGGCCCAGCACGGACUGCAGAUAAACACCCUCACCGAGAGAGUGGGCGAGCUGGAGAAGCACACAGUCGUCACUGACGAGGAGUUCAGCUCCGAAACCCUCAUGUACAAAAACCGUCUUUUGGAACGUGCCAAAAAAUACAAAUGGGAUAAUCCCGUGUUCUCUGAACAAGACGAAAGUGCAGGGUUCAGGGGUCAGGUAGAGGUCCACGGUGAGACAUUCCUGGGGUCACUGGUGUGUAAGUCGAAGGCACAAGCACACCAGGCAGCGGCAAAAAAAGCACUGCAAGAGCUGGCCCCUGUGAUAGCCAAUGAGGAAGCAGCUUUAGGUCAAGCAGCCAGAUCACAGGCAGCAGGGUUCUCUUUCUUCGCAGCAGUGACGGUGUCCCUUGCCGUUGACGUCUCCCCAGAUAAGGGUGUCUCAGCACCUGUGGACGGAGUGGAGUGUGUUUAUGAGAAACUAGUCUCUUUGUUUGGACUGGGAGCUGCCGAUACAGGUUCCUCCAAUAAGGAGAAGGUACUGCAGUACUGUACCAGGCUAAAGGUCCUGCCCCCAGUGGAAAGGAGCUCAGCCUCCAGCUUUGUCCUGAGACUCAAUGGGAAAAUUACCUUCUAUGACUUGGAGGGGUCCGGGUCGAAGGCGGAGGCAGUGCAGCAGGCAGCGAGGGCGGCCCUGGAGGCUCUGUGCGGGGUGUUGGACAAGGCUGCUGUCAACCAAAACAACCACAAAGGAGCUCUGCAGGAGCUGCUGGUGAGGUUCAAACAACCCCAUCCGGAGUACCACGUGACGGAUAGCCCGGCGGGCCAUGGGGACAGGGUCACAUGGCUGCCAGAAGCAGACCCCACGGGCGGCCUGGCGGAGGGGUCAGGGCACCGUUACCAGGAGGCCGAAGGCGCAGAUGAGGGGGCUCAUGCUGAGAUUGGGACCCCCAUGAAACGAAUGAUAACGGAUCGUUCUGACCGGCCCAGCAAAAUGUCUAAGGUUCUGCCGUCGACGGCUGGAAGUGAACGACCGGAUGGGGGGCAGGUCUUAGGCUCCGUAGAAGUGACCAUAUUGGUUGACCUUCGACCCCACCAGGCCGCUGACCAGGAGGGGGCAGUAGGAGCUGCCUACAGUGACCUGAUGAAAGCCUUGUCUCUGAGCCCUGCACCUAGUGGUGAAGAGAAACAGGCAGUUCUGGAGUUCUUCAGAGAAGCUCAAUGUUGCCCCCCUGUGGAGAAAAUAGAUCAUAGACCUGAUGGAACGUACAGCUGUUCCCUGAGAAUUGACGGGAAACUAACCUUCCAGAGUCCAGAGCGGUCCACCAAAAAGGAGUCUGAUUCUCUGGCAGCCCAGAAGGCCUUGGCCCACCUGGAGGGGCUGCAGACGGUGAAAGACCUCAAGCUUACUGGUGAGGUCAAAGGCAGACUGCAAAAGGUGGCAGCCGACCUUGGAAACAUCGGUUUGCCUGUGUAUCGUACCACAGACGCUGGCAAAGUUAUAGGGGGGCAGGUCUUAGGCUCCGUAGAAGUGACCAUAAAGGUUGACCUCCGACCCCACCAGGCCGCUGACCAGGAGGGGGCAGUAGGAGCUGCCUACAGUGACCUGAUGAAAGCCUUGUCUAUGAGCCCUGCAUCUAGUGGUGAAGAGAAACAGGCAGUUCUGGAGUUCUUCGGACAGACUCAAUGUUGCCCCCCUGUGGAGAAAAUGGAUCAUAGACCUGAUGGAACGUACAGCUGUUCCCUGAGAAUUGACGGGAAACUAACCUUCCAGAGUCCAGAUUGGUCCAACAAAAAGGAGUCUGAUUCUCUGGCAGCCCAGAAGGCCUUGGCCCACCUGGAGGGGCUGCUGACUGUGAAAGACCUCAAGCUUCCUGGUGAGGUCAAAGGCAGACUGCAAAAGCUGGCGGCCGACCUUGGAAACAUCUGUCACCCGGUGUAUUUGACAGCAGAUGCUGUUGAAGUUACAGAUGGGGGGCAGGUCUUAGGCUCCGUAGAAGUGACCAUAAAGGUUGACCUCCGAACCCACCAGGCCGCUGACCGGGAGGGGGCAGUAGGAGCUGCCUACAGUGACCUGAUGAAAGCCUUGUCUCUGAGCCCUGCACCUAGUGGUGAAGAGAAACAGGCAGUUCUGGAGUUCUUCGGACAGACUCAAUGUUGCCCCCCUGUGGAGAAAAUAGAUCAUAGACCUGAUGGAACGUACAGCUGUUCCCUGAGAAUUGACGGGAAACUAACCUUCCAAAGUCCAGAGCGGUCCACCAAAAAGGAGUCUGAUUCUCUGGCAGCCCAGAAGGCCUUGGCUCACCUGGAGGGGCUGCUGACUGUGAAAGACCUCAAGCUUCCUGGUGAGGUCAAAGGCAGACUGCAAAAGGUGGCGGCCGACCUUGGAAACAUCUGUCACCCGGUGUAUUUGACAGCAGAUGCUGUUGAAGUUACAGAUGGGGGGCAGGUCUUAGGCUCCGUAGAAGUGACCAUAAAGGUUGACCUCCGAACCCACCAGGCCGCUGACCGGGAGGGGGCAGUAGGAGCUGCCUACAGUGACCUGAUGAAAGCCUUGUCUCUGAGCCCUGCACCUAGUGGUGAAGAGAAACAGGCCGUUCUGGAGUUCUUCGGACAGACUCAAUGUUGCCCCCCUGUGGAGAAAAUAGAUCAUAGACCUGAUGGAACGUACAGCUGCUCCCUGAGAAUUGACGGGAAACUAACCUUCCAAAGUCCAGAGCGGUCCACCAAAAAGGAGUCUGAUUCUCUGGCAGCCCAGAAGGCCUUGGCUCACCUGGAGGGGCUGCUGACUGUGAAAGACCUCAAGCUUCCUGGUGAGGUCAAAGGCAGACUGCAAAAGGUGGCGGCCGACCUUGGAAACAUCUGUCACCCGGUGUAUUUGACAGCAGAUGCUGUUGAAGUUACAGUGGGGGACAACCACAAGAGCAGGCUCCAGGAGUUGCUGAUGUCUGGGCUAGGGAACGCGGUUCCGCCCGCGUAUGCAGCCGUCGACGCCAACGACCCCCGCCACACAUGACUGACGCACAACCUCGUAAAGGGGAAGCGGGCGCUGGUCUUUUGGUUUUGUUUAGCCAAUGGGAUGUUUUUUCCUGCGGGGGUUGCAGGUUCAUUACGUAACGCAUUGGGAUGGUUUGUGUAAUCAUGGGGCUUCACUAAUUAACUAACCAUCAUCGUAUAUACACUUGUUCUAUGAGUUUUGACAAAAAAAAUUGCAUGAGAGUGAGAAUAUAGGCAUAGCGUUUUAUUAGGAUUCCUUUGCUUGAAAAAGCAAUAUUUAUAAUUUCUUCAGCUUUUUUCUCUCUGUUAUUGCUGCACUGACUUCUGUCACUUUUUACAAUGUAGUGAAUUCUGUCUGUAUGUGUUUGUUCGUACCUUCCUUAAUCUUUUUAUAAUAUUAAUGUAAACCUGUGUUUAGCAAUGCCACACUUCACCUAGGUGACUUUUAGGCCCCGUUUACACGAAGGGAAAACGCAGAUAUUUCCACGCGGUUUGGCCUCUAAUUUACACAAAAACAGUUUUUAUCACAGAAAACGAUCAUUUCUAAAAACUCCGGCCAAAGUGGAGAUUUCUGAAAACGCCGGUUAUGUGUUGUCGUGUCAACGGGGAGAAACUGGGUUUUAGGUUCUGAAGCGUCAUCACAUUAUGCGCCAGGAAAUGCAUAACGUCAUAUGAGCGCCCUAUGUUUACAGUUUGUUUGUUACAGGAAGACGGUCGUGUUAUUCGUUGUUGAUUCUGAGGAUUCUGAUUGGCUUGCAUGGCUUUAUCCGUCUCCCUACACUGCCGCCCAUAGGUUUGGCAUAGUUAUAAUGGCGCUCGACGGCGUAUUUAUGCGUUUUGAUGUAAACGACAACUUUUUAAAAAAGAUGUGUGCACAAUGUUAUUUUUGAAAACGGAGGGGGGGGAAUAUUAGUUUCUAUAAAUACCCUGCUACGUAAACGUGGCCUUAUUGUGCUCCUCCAGGCAAGGAUACAGGGUGGUGGUGUUGGAAACUGGUUUAUUUUAAAAGUUUGUCGCAAGUUAUCGGCAAGACAUGAGCUGGUGAUCCAUGCUGCCACGCUGAAGAUCCCAGAGUGUGUGUGGUGAUUGCUGGUUUAACCUGUGCACAUUGAUUGCUCAAUGCACAACAGGUGUGCAGCCUCACCCAGCCCCAGAGACAAAUCAGUCUGACCCGGGCCAGGUGAGGCUGUAAGCAAGCCAACAACCAUACACACUACAACAAUGUGUUAAUUAAUGAUAAUAUAAAAAAUUAUCAAAACACAGUGGAGUCAGGGGGAUAGCUUGACAAAAUCCCAGCUGAAAGGUUCAGAGUUCGAUCCUUGAAUGUCUUCAGCCUCAUCUGUGAGCUCCCUGAGCAACGGUACCAAUUAGGAUCAAUGUAAUGGAAAUAAUCAUUUUUUUUCAAUAUAUCUAUUCAUAUAUAGAUAGAUAUAUAGAUGAUAUUUCCUUCAUGCCUUUCCUGUUUUUACGUCGUAUUUGUUUCACUGUUUAACUGUAUUCUCUGUCUUGUUGCAGUAAAACCAUGGUCUUUGCUGAUGCAUGUCUUUUACGGCAAUCCACAAAACCUCUCAAUAAAGGCUUGAUUCCACUACCACACAUUCUGUUUCCUUCUCAAACAUAAUAGGCCUAUGCAUUUAUGUUGUUUGGGUAAAACAAAGGCUUGUAUGUGAAAACCGCUAUCAGCCAAUGGUAUCAGCCAACAGUAGCGCCUGAAUAUCUGUAUGGGGAAGGGAAUGUUGGAUCGCUGCACCCCAUGUUUGAGAGGAUCUUAGGGUCUAUUGUGGACAGCACUUCUAAACCAGGCCAUGAUUGAAUACAGGGGUACACUCACAUACAGUCCUCAAAACCCUAACACGCAGUGAGACACACAUGUUCUCAUACACACACCCAAGAAACACAGCUGCACUCGGAUUGUUAGUCAUUUCUUUUAAUGAGAACCAGAGAGCCAAGAGACGUCCCAUUGGGGAUACAAGUAGGACAGUGACGGUCAUCCAAAAUGUUUGGAUGACAGCAUGACCUCACCCAUUGCUCAGAGCAGUGGUGAGUUCAUGCUGUCCUCCGUACUGUUUGGAUGGACGAAUGAGGCGCUCAUCCCUUUAAGUGCCACCUGAGGAACACAAGCCACACAGAUUCCAUUGAGAAACAUUGGG